CGGUAUACAUGUACUAAACGCGCGCUAUUAUUCCCAUGCAUAGCUAAUAGCUAGCCUUAUUUUGUACAGUUAAUUUCAUCAUGUCAUCUGGAUUUGAAGACAGAUUGAAGCAACUGGAGAGCAUUGAAACAGAUAUUGCCUUAGUUGUCCAACAUGCAGGAAAAGUGAUACAAGAACUCUCCAAGGAUAGGCCACUUGAGAAACAGGUAGACUCCAGCACCAAAACGUUUGCCAAGACGCUGGAAGCUGUGGAGAAGAGACUCAUGGAGCAGAUAAAUUAUCUUUCACAGGUAUCAACGGGACAGCCUCACGAGGGAUCUAAUUACGCCGCCCAGAAAGAAGCUCAGAUGGCGAUACACAGACUGGAGCAUGCCAAGACAAAACUCGUAGAAAUCAAGAAAACGCUCACGGUUCCGCCAUCGGGAGUCUCCUCGUGAUGAAUGUCGUAAUGGACGUUUGCAUGGACAUGUUUAUAAGGCUCCCCCAUGCCAUCCUUGGUGCCAUGUCAGGCAUGUCUUACUGAGAGUAAAGCCGCGGCCCAUUAUCGCUAGAGACUGACAUCGUCGGUGAUGCAACGUGGAGCUGGCAAUUGACCGGUGUUGCCAUUGCUGAUGUCGGCGCUGGUGUCAGGUCAUCUUGUUGAUACAUGAUGAAGCAUGCCAAGAAGUAUGGAAUUGUUUGAAAGGAUGAGAUAAGAUCACUGACAUUGCCAUCAGCCCUUUGUCUAUUUCAUCCAUUUGAUGACUCCAGGGGCCUGUAACACCAAGUUUAGCUAUCAUUGUAUUGAAGUUGCCCUCAAUUAUUUUGACGAUUGAUUGCAUUGUCUGCAACAUUCAAUUCAUUAUUAUUAUUUCUUUGGCGUCAGCUGUGCCUGGGAGGCAAAAAGCAAACUGAAUCACUGUGACCCGCCGGUCUCUCCUCCCAAUAUAAUUGAUUUGCGGAUGCAGGUGGACCACUACACCGUGGUCCCCCCACUCUUGUUUAAAUAGUGCAGUGGGUUAUUAACGUGCAAAGGUAGUGACUCUCCUCUACAUGGGGCCUCCAGUUAACUUCCUAUCCGAGAGACAGUGUUUUUCACAGUAACAUAGCCUGCAUCUAUGGAAUAGGGGAGAGAUGUUUACACACAACGCAGGCAUCAUUGACCAUUGCUUCGAUAGGCAGACACUUUUCCGGGACGGUGAUUUUCUGGAGUA